GAAGAAGGAAAGUGGAGAGCAGCUGAGCGAUCCCGGGGUUUGUAAGAAUAAAGGUAAGUUUUUUCUUCUUUCUUCAACCUCUUCUCUUUCUUUAUUUCACCAACUUCACCACAGAACAAACAACAACAGGAGCUUUCGAUUCCUGAAGGAAGGUCGGAGAGUGAUAGACAGUGACGUAUAAUUUCAAGGGACCUGCUCUUUGAUCUUCUUUCCUGGAAUCGAAUUUUCCUUGGCUUUUCUUUUCCCCUCCAAAUCCUCAUCACUUGGGUGUUUUCCAUUCAUGGGAUCGGAUGAAUGCUGUGGUUCAGCUUGUUUGGCUCAAUGAAAGGAUUAUUAAGAACUUGUUCAAUCAAACUGAUUUUCUGUUGCUGCUGCUGUUUUCAAUUAAUUUAAAAGCAAGGCUACUUUAUGCUUAAAGUUAAUUUAAAGUAUUCUCUGGGUGGUUGUCUUGGAUGCUACACAAAGCCGAAACUAAAAACUCACCUGAAUGAACCAUCAAAAGGUCAACAAAUUCAAUGUCAUGGACUAAGGAAACCCAGCCUAUCAGAGGAUUUCUGGACUACUAGUACAUUUGAUGUGGACAAUAGUGCAGGUCAAUCACAAGGAAGUAUGUCAUCACUGAGUACAAUCAACCAUAUGCACGAUCCACAUGGUAGCUCUGGCAAUGUACCCAACCCUUCAGAGUUUCUAAAUCAUGGUCUUCUUCUGUGGAAUCAAACUAGGCAACGCUGGACAGGGAAUAAACGAUCUGAAAAACCGCAGUUUCAAGAACCCAAGUUAGAUUGGAAUGUAACUUAUGAAAGUUUACUAGGGAGCAACAAGCCAUUUCGUCAACCUAUUCCACUUGGCGAAAUGGUAGAUUUUCUUGUGGAUGUAUGGGAACAAGAAGGGUUGUAUGAUUGAUUAAUUUGAAGGGUACACAAGGCUUGAUUUGGAAGAAGUUGAAUCGUAGUCUCACUGUUUUUCUCAAACCAUUGAAAUCUGCCUUGUAUUUGCUGAAACGCAUUCAAAUUAACAUUUUCCCUGCUGCCUGCCUAUUUUUUUGUGCUUGGUUUGUUUGUUUGUUUUUUAUUUUUCCUCUUAAUGCCUUGGUUUGGUAAUUGCUGUAGAGUUUCAUAUCUUUACUCUGUUGUAGAAAAUUCAGCUGUGAUGGAAAUGACUAUUUUUGCAAAUUGUUUUUCUUUUCUCCAAAUAAUGAUCAAUAAAUCUCAACCAUACAUUUUCCCUCAGAA